UGUCAAGGCUUUGGUUGGCUUCGGUGACGCAAAAAGAGCGCGCGGGUUGUGUUUGCCCUCUGUGGAGGCUUCAGACAUGGCCUUGGUAGCAGGAAGGCCGCUCUUGACGGCGGGACGGGGCUGCUGCGCCUUGAGAGCGGCCAAGUUCCACGCGAGUUCAUGCAAGAGCCUUCGCUAUGGCUGGCUGGCAUAUAUGCUGGGCGAGAGGACUACUCGGAGGUUUAACGAAAACAGCAAAGUCUUCACGGUGGAUGGCAACCUGCGCUCCGGCAAGGGCCAACUGGCAAAGCGAAUAGCAGAGAAAUUGGGUAUGCGAUAUUUUCCUGAAGCAGAUAUUCAUUAUCUGGACAAGAUCACCGGAGAUGGAAAGAUAUUGGAUCCCAAAUACAGCGGCAGUUGCAGCCUGGAGACAUUCUACAACGAUCCUAAGCAUCCAGAUGGGAACUCCUACCGGCUUCAGACCUGGCUGUACAGCUGCCGCCUCUUGCAAUAUGCAGAUGCUCUGGAACACCUUCUGGCUACUGGGCAAGGCGUCGUCCUGGAACGCUCUCCCUUCAGCGACUACGUGUUUGUGGAAGCCAUGCUUAAGCAAGGCUACAUUCACAAAAGAUGUAUAGAGCACUACAACAUAAUCAAGGGUCUCAGCAUUGAUGAGUUUUUGCCUCCUCACCUGGCCAUUUAUAUUGACGUCCCUGUCUCAGAUGUGCGGAAAAGGAUCGAAGAGAGAGGCAAGCCAUAUGAAAAGAAGGUGUCGUCUGCUUACCUUCAGAGCAUUGAAGAUGGCUAUAAGAAAUCCUUUCUGCCAGAAGUCAGCCAAACCAGUGAAGUCCUGCAGUAUACAGCAAGUGAAGCUGAACAGGUGGACAAGGUCCUUGAAGACAUUGAGUACCUGAAGUUUGACAAGGGCCCUUGGCUGGAGCAGGAUGACGUGACCUUUCACCACUUGAGGGUCCUGGUCCAGGACAAGUUCAGUGUGAUGGCUCCCACUGCAUUCCUUCACUACAUCCCUGAAAUCACAGUGGGGGGGCUCGAAUCGGACAAGAUCUACUAUGAAUUCAAGUCGCUCCCUGGGCGCAUGUAUGGCCCUGGUUAUAAUGCCGAUGUUGGAGACAAGUGGAUCUGGCUGAAAUAAGCCACCUCUUUUCAAGCUUUACCCGGAAGAUGGCUGCAGAUCAAUGGGAAUGCUGCCCUUCUUCAUGCAAGUGCUGUAGAGAAGCGGGGAACAUAUUCAUCCUUAUUCAGAACUGACAGAAGAGCCGGGCUCCCCGAUUAAGGUGGGAUCUCACUGUCCAAACCCCAGCUUCCUGUAUUCCAGGCCCAGAAAUAAAGUGGUUUACUCAA